CGUAGAGCCUCCGAGGAAAGCUCGCGGAAGACGAGGUUCUCCGUGAAGAGAGGUGCAGAGCAGGCUGGGAAGUGUAGUUCUGCGGACUCCGCACCAGAUUCGUGGUGGGAGACGAGGUUCCGGGAAGGGGCCGAAGCUUGGAAAGAGAUUGCGACUGUGCCUUUCAAGUCUGUAGCUGGAGCACAGGAAGAGUUUGUUUAAUGAAUGACUUAUCCAUUUAAGAUUUCCUUAGAUUCUGAGGAUAAUCUUGUGAAUUGAGUUGAAAAUAGUUCAGUAGUUCAUCGGGUCUGUCUUAGUGUUGAUCUCAGUAUGCUGCGAAGGAAACCAACACGCCUGGAACUGAAGCUUGAUGACAUUGAAGAGUUUGAGAGCAUUCGGAAGGACUUGGAGACCCGUAAGAAACAGAAGGAAGAUGUGGAUGUUGUAGGAGGCAGUGAUGGAGAAGGAGCCAUGGGGCUCAGCAGUGACCCCAAGAGCCGGGAACAAAUGAUUAAUGAACGAAUUGGUUAUAAACCCCAACCCAAGCCCAGCAAUCGCUCAUCUCAAUUUGGAAAUUUUGAAUUUUAGAGAUGGAUUCGUUUGCAUGCCAGAGCCCUGGAAUGGAAUAAAAUGAUGGCAGAAGUACAAUCAGAUUUAGAGAAUUGAGUGCUUGCAGUCAAGCAGAAUGUUUUAUCUCCUGUAGAAAGAAAUCACUUCUGCGUGAAAUUACUGAUGUUUGACUUUCACUCUGAGCUGGAAUCCGAACUCUGGUUUGUUUCUGGAAAAUUUGACUCUAUAAAACUUAUCUGAUUUUUGUUUUUAAAAAUAAAUAUAUUUUUGGAAAAA